GAACUAAAAUGCACAAUAGCUCAAAAACAUUGGAGUAUUAUGAUGACCAUUUUAACAAGAAUGAAGAAGUUUCAGCUCAGAAUCUAACAGGGAGAAACAAGUUGGAUCUAAUAAGUCUCUUUGAAUGUCCUGUUUGUUAUGACUAUGCCACUCCCCCAAUUAUUCAGUGUCAAAGUGGGCACAUAAUUUGCGAAUCAUGUAGGCCGAAGGUUGAUACUUGUCCCACCUGCCGUGGUAUCCUAGGAAAUAUAAGAAAUUUGGCAUUGGAAAAAUUAGCCGUUAGCGUCAGAUUUCCGUGCAAAUAUUCUGCAUGCGGCUGUACAGAACUGUUACACUACCAGCACAAGUCGCUUCAUGAAGAAAACUGCUACUUCAGAUCUUGUAAUUGCCCCUGCCCUGGAACUUCCUGUCCGUGGACUGGACAGUUAGAUAAAGUCAUGACACAUCUGCUCAUAUCGCACAAAAAUAUAACUACCCUUCAGGGAGAAGAUAUUGUCUUUCUAGCAACUGACAUCAAUCUCCCUGGAUCAGUCGACUGGGUCAUGAUUCAAACCUGUUUUGGUCAUAAUUUCAUGCUAGUACUCGAGAAACAGGAGCGACUCAGAGAACAUCGGUUUUAUGCUCUUGUUCAGAUGGUCGGUAACCAGAUGCAGGUUCAACAAUUUGUAUACAGACUUGAGUUGAGGAGAUUCAAACGUCGACUCAUCUGGGAAGCGGUUCCGAGAAGCAUACACUUAGGCCUUCAGUCAGCCAUCGUUGAUUCAGACUGCUUGACCUUUGACUCGAACACUGCCCAACUUUUUUCAGAAAACGGGAGCUUGGCUUUUAAUGUUACAAUUUCUGAGGCUCGAGCUACUUUCCAUCGUCCAGUCAACGAAGGCCUUUGCUCCUUUUCAUCCAGAGAAGAUGCAGAUGAACUCGGCGACUCUAGACACCAGCUACAAUCUGCCCCUUUUCAACCUUCUGCCCCUCCACUUGAUCUAUUGCCACCCAUAGAUUCUGACUCAAUGGCCCUCGACUUGGUUUCUCCUAAUCUCGCCAUCUCAUCCAGAGAUCAAAUGACCUCAGAUGAAAAUUCCGGAACAGACCUAGCAAUUGCCGAUUGUGGAACGGAAUAUGUGCGAAAUCAUAGCCCUUCACAGCCAGUCCCCCAUCCUCGGCAGCCUUUCAACUCUGGAUCAAACAGUGGCGCUCGUCGUAGCCACACCACAUCGGGCCAAUCUUUGAACAAUUCUGCCUCUAUCCAGGAAUUUGCGACCUCUUCUCUCGAUAAUAAGAUCAGUUAG